CUUAGCUUUAGUGGAUACUUUCUAUAAAUACGAAGCGACACAUUGGGAAGGCAUCAGUCGUUCAUCCGAGCAACAAUACAAUACAGACCAAGAUGUUCAAGUUGGUGGUAUUGUGCGCUUUCUUCGCCGCGGCGGCCGCUGAACCCGGCGCCUUGAUUGCUGCGCCCAUCACGCAGUACACCACGUACUUGGCCCCCGCUGCGACUACCGUCGCGAAACAGGACAGCACCGUGAUCCAUCCCUCACCGCUCUUCUACCAGGCUUACCAGACUCCUCUGGCGUACGCCCACUACAUCAAGAAGCGAUCUGCGCAGUUUCCUCUGGCGUACACUCCUACAGCGUAUUACCCAGCCAACUACUAUGCUGCUACCACAUACAACGCGCCGCUGAUCCACAGCUCGCCGAUCCUGCCAGCGCCCAUCGCGUCAGUGCCUGCAGUGCCUGCCGUUCAUCUGAUCAAGAAGAGGUCAGCUCCUUUGUUCCCUACAACUUACUACACGCCUACCACCUACGCUGCCACCACUCCUCUUCUGGCGUCCACGUACACCGCGACUGCUCCAGUUAUCACCCAUACUCCCGUUAUCUCUCAACCCCUUGCCUACGCCCACUUGAUCAAGAAGCGAUCAGCUGGUCUGUUGAACACUUACAUCGCCCCUACUGCUUACUCCCACCAGUCGCGAGUUGACUUCCAAACGUCUCACAUCCCUUACUCUUCCUUCUCCUACUCCGCGCCCAUUGCUUAUUCUGCUCCUCUCGCCGUAUCCCACCUGUACAAGUAAGCCUUGCUCACCGGAACAACUGUCAAAAUCCUUCAUUAAAGGAGACUGAAAAUUCAAAAUUGACACUUUUAUGAAAUAGCACC